AUGUACCAGAAAGAUCGAAAAGGAACUAUGACUAAAGAAGGCUCGGGUCGAGUGGCUAUUUGGAAGCAUCUUGGCCUUAUUCACUGCUAUACAUUGGAAUGUAACUAUAAUACGGGUCCGAUUUUGAAUCGCCUCGGGCGUUGUCUAGCCUCGGCUGCACCGGAUGAAACUGGACGACUAACCCCUCCGGGAACUUUCGCCGGACCCCAUUGGAUUGAUUUAGCCGGUUCCAGUGGUACCCCUAUGCAUAUGUCUUCAUCCAGUCCGGUUUCUUUCAAUUCCAACCCUCCGGUGACCCACACUAGCACUUUCCAGAUGCUCUGUUUUCCACAACGCUAUACCCCAGCUCACUUUGAGGAAGUUGGACGUGCGCUGCUCAUCGCGAUGCUGGAUCAUAGUCAAACUAACCCUUGGCCUCGUAUUGCCACCUUGGCAGGACCAAAUAGUGAUAUUGGUAUCGGCAAUAUACCUACACUAAUAGGCAUGCCCGAGUUCGCACAUAUGCGAGCGUUAAAAGAUUGGGUACGGAAAUUUGUUCGGGGAUUGUCCCACUCGACUGCUGGUGGAGGUGUUCAUGCUUCCUCGUCCUCUUGUAAACCGUUGAAUCAGAGAGGGACACAGAGUCAAUCAUUACCCUUAACCAACCAUAAUAGAGCAAUGAGCGAUCGCUACUCAGUGACUGGUGGUAUGCCACAACGACUAAGUCGAACGAGUAAAAGUGCCACGCAUUCGAAAUUGACCCCAGUCUCAAUCGGGACACCAUCAUUUACGACUGCAGCGCCCGCCAGCACAGCAACUCAAAGUAUAAGCUUUACAGCUCCGUCAACCAAUCAGAUUAACACAUCACCACAGCAGCUGCAACAGCAACAACAACAACAGGAGCAAUAUCAACCACGAAACACAUCCUCAUCCCAUCCAAGGACACCGCUAAACCCGAUUCGUACGCACCGAACACAUCCAAGUUACAGUGUAGCAAGUGGAUCCAAAUCAUGCGCAAUGAAAACGCCCGACUCUCCGAGACUGAGGACACACACCAAAGCUAAGUGGACAAACAGUACAGGUGAUCUGCAAGUGAACAUGCUCGGAACCCAGCUAUCCGAAGGAUUGAACUUGGGCGACGAUUCACUCAGCACCUCGGUCACUCUUAGCCGAGAGUCGAGAACAAGGCCAACCCCGGUCGAGUCCACGAUGAUUGAGGGAGUCACACUGUCCGGGAAAAUGAGUUUUUCCGAAGCGAAUGCAUCAAAUAACGAUGGUGAAAAGAAAUCCAUUUCUCAGAAUAAACUUGGUACCAUAGUCGAACCGAAACGCGCUCCAACGCGAUCGAAAAAUUGCAGUUUUCCAUGGACAGCAAACAAAUCACUCGUCGGUUUCGAAGGNGAAAAAAAGCAACAAGCUUGUUCCGUCCCACCGACAUCUAAUCGAAGUGUUACACAACGACGAGGAGAUGAGACAUCAAAUGCGUCCACCACUCUUAGCGAAGCUAGACACGUAAAGCGAAGACAGAUCAAACUGGCCGAGUCUAUUCUAACAAGUUACGUGGUUAAUUCACGUCAGCGACGCUCGGCCCAGUUCCCGUCAAACAGUGCUCGUGCGGGGGGCUACUUGUGGUCGCGAAACAUGCGAACCGGUGGGAAUGGAAAUUUGUCCGUGUGUGGCGAGUCGGUCUCGAAAACCAACUCGACAAGUCAGAAUAAUCCAAGACAUUCCAAUGCAGUAAGUAUAUUGGUGAUCUAG